GAGCGAGCCAGCGGUGCGCCUGAGUCCCCUGGGUGGACAGGAGGCCGCGCCGACGCUGGCAGCUGCACCGCUCGGGGGCCGCCGAGGCCAAGACAGAAAGAUCUGCACUUGUUUUUCCUGAGUAGAGCAAAGAUAAAAUGGCAUUGAUGCUGUUAAGCCGACAUCUGUCUUAUUUACUGCAACACAGCUCCAGGAUAUUUGCAGCUGGGCACAGAGGUAUCAGCCAAGCCGCAGCUAAAAUUGAUGUGGAGUUUGACUAUGAUGGGCCACUAAUGAAGACAGAAGUCCCUGGACCCAAAUCCAGGGAAUUAAUGAAAGAGUUGAAUGGAAUUCAGAACGCAGAAGCAGUCCACUUUUUCUGCAACUACGAAGAGAGCCGCGGGAAUUAUCUUGUUGAUGUAGAUGGGAACCGCAUGCUGGAUCUCUACUCUCAGAUUUCUUCCAUCCCGAUAGGUUACAGCCAUCCAUCUCUGAUAAAGCUCCUCCAACAGCCCCAGAAUUUGAGCACCUUCGUCAACAGACCUGCCCUGGGGAUUUUGCCCCCUGAGAACUUUGCAGAAAAGCUAAGGGAGUCCUUGCUUACAGUGGCUCCUAAAGGUCUAUCUCAGGUUGUAACAAUGUCUUGUGGAUCUUGCUCCAAUGAAAAUGCCUUUAAAACCAUCUUCAUGUGGUACAGGAACAAAGAGCGGGGCCACAAUAGCGUCACCAAGGAAGAGCUGGAGACAUGCAUGAUCAACCAGCCACCAGGAUGCCCUGAAUAUAGCAUGCUAUCCUUUAUGGGUGGAUUUCACGGGAGAACCAUGGGCUGCUUGGCCACCACACAUUCAAAAGCCAUUCACAAGCUAGACAUCCCUUCCUUUGACUGGCCUAUUGCUCCGUUCCCAAAACUGAAGUACCCCCUGGAGGAGUUUGUGAAAGAAAACGAACAGGAAGAGGCCCGCUGUUUGGAGGAGGUGGAAGAUUUGAUUGUAAAAUACAGGAAAAAGAGAAAAGUGGUCGCUGGGAUAAUUGUUGAGCCAAUUCAGUCAGAAGGGGGAGACAACCAUGCUUCAGACGACUUCUUCCAAAAGUUGAGGGACAUUGCCAAAAAGCACAGCUGUGGUUUCUUGGUGGAUGAGGUGCAGACGGGCGGCGGCUGCACUGGUAAGUUCUGGGCCCAUGAACAUUGGGGCCUGGAAGAUCCAGCUGAUGUGCUGUCCUUCAGUAAGAAGAUGAUGACGGGAGGGUUUUUCCACAAGGAGGAAUUCCGACCCAAUGCUCCAUAUCGCAUUUUCAACACGUGGCUCGGGGAUCCCUCCAAGAACCUUCUGCUCGCAGAAGUCAUUAAUGUCAUUAGAAGGGAGGACCUCCUAAGCAAUGCUGUCCAUGCGGGGAAGGCCCUUUUGAUGGGGCUGCUAGAUUUACAGAGUCGCUACCCUCACCUGAUCAGCAGGGCACGAGGACGGGGCACUUUCUGUUCGUUUGAUGCUCCAAAUGAUGCUAUUAGGAACAAGCUCAUAUUACUAGCCAGAAACAAAGGUGUAGUCUUGGGAGGCAGUGGCGACCGAUCGAUUCGUUUCCGACCCACUCUGGUCUUCCGAGACCACCACGCACAUCUCUUCCUGAACAUCUUCAGUGAUAUCUUGGCAGAUUUCAAGUAGCAAAGUCUUAUCCUGCAUAGUAGGAGCCCAAAUCCUACAAAAGUCAGAGAUCUAGUUUAUUUGAAAUCAUAUAUAUAUUUUCACUAACAGUUUUUUUAAAAACGUUUAUUUUCCCAUGCUCGUCACCAAUCCAAGCUGCUUUGGACUAGAACUCUGGACAACUCUGGUGCGUUUGGAAUUUCUUGCAAGUGUUCUGGGUUCCAGAAGAACGGCGGGCCAGUGCUGCCAACCCCUGUGGUUCAGCAUAAGCUAAAUUCUUGGCACGGAGAGGGCCUGGGCAGUUCGUCCACAGGAAUUGGGUUCUUCAGGAUCUUUCACCUUUUAAAAAUCUAUGGCUAGUCCUCAACAUACAAAUGCUGCCCACGGGCCCACAUCUCCGUCCACACCAAUUUUUGCUCCUGAGGCAGGCGCAACACUCACAGAAGUGAUCAGGGGGCCUGCCCGUAAGUUACUGUAUCCUGUACCCUUUUCUGUAGCAUUUUCAUCUACAGCACCCAGCUUAAAUUUUGCAGUAGGGUUUUGAAAAUAGAGGCAGAAGGGUUGAGCAACAUAAAAACAGGCUCUUUGGAGUACAGUGCUGAGAAAAAGAGUUUAGGAUCCCCAGCAAAUUCUCAGGAGCUUCUACUCCAACAUCCCAGCUAGGGACUUUCCCAGAUUUGCUAUCCAAGAUCCUUUCACCAGAGAAAUGGCCAAAGAAUGGAUGUGGGAUCUGUGGCAUGCCCAGCAUCUGCCCUGCUGUGAGCUGCGGCCUUCGGUGUGCUGCUCUUCCCUUUGCUGUACCAUCCACAGCAUUGCCUGGAAUAAAAAGUGUCUUGGGGGUGGGGUUCCAAGGCCCCAUCUAACUCCCCACUGUGCCAGGGCAGGGCACAAGUGGGGGUUUCAAGCUGCCCUGUUGGUGUCCAGAGGCAAGGAAGAAGCAAGCGAGUUUGUGACUGUGGGUUGGAAGUUUGUUUUUUAAAAAAGGUUCUCUGCUAAGCAGAAAGUGGUGUCUUUCAUAGGGACAGGAGAAGAGAAACAGAUGUACACGGAUAUAAGGAUACAUUCAACCCUACCCCAUUCCAUCCCACUCCCCACAUACUAAUUUCCUAGGAUUGCUUCUUUAGUGCUUAAAGUGGUUUGAGCACAAUUACAGUCUGCUGGACUGGACUGGACCACAUAGCGCUGUUUCUUCUGUAUUGUGCCUUGUAUGACCCUACUACCACGCUCCCCUACCCCCGCUAACAUCCACCAUCGUCUUUUUCUCUCUCAUCAGCAUUGGCCGAAGGGGUGGGGUGUUAAGAAAGAGAAGGCAAACUCCUCCCUUCCCCCAUAUUGUUGGAUGUGUUCUGCCCCUUUCUGUUCCCCGAGAAAGCAUCAAAAGGGAAGGAGGGGCUUUUGAGCCGCAAGCAGCACACUGCAGGCAGCCAGAUUGCACCCUCAAGACACGCGCCCCCCCCCCCCCCCCGUUGCCACCCUUUCCUGUAUUUACUUCAGCUUUUAUCCCAUGGAUGGUGGAGCUGCAGCAUCUCCUUGUAGCUGCACAGUGGUGAAUCCAGGGGGCCCUAGUGCUGAAAGCCUGGACCUGUUCAAGCCCCUCCCCCUCUCCUGCAUUACCUUUAAUCAGGACCAGUGUCUCUUUAGCAGCUUGCUGAUGAGCAUAAGCAAAGUACCCCCACAGCCAUACUCAAUCAGGUGCUUCAGCUCAGCAGGCUAACUUCCUGCCUCAUGUUUCAGUUUAUGUCCUCUUGGAGGGGGAUACGGGCAGGAAGGGAAGUACACAGGGCCAAAUAUUUCAGCCCUCUCUGGUGUGUAGGGAAUAGUUGGAAGUUGAUCCCACUGCUGCUGCAACUAUCUCAGCACAUCAAAAUCAACUUUUAAAAGCAGUUGGUGGUUAUUUAACAUUCUGGCCUUACAAACCAUCAAUUUUUUCGCAUGAUUAUUCAACAUUUCUAGACCAACUGAGCAAUCCCAACUUCAUCCCCCACCACCUCAUUUCCCCCAAGCCAGAUAGCUUCAGUCAAGCAAAAAGAGGCGCCCAUUUAUGGCCAGCUGGGGGAACCAGGUUUCUUCAACAUAUUGGUGCAGUUGACUGGACUGUCAUCUCCAGUAAAUGUUUUCCUUUAAUUAAAUACAAGGUCUGGUAACCAAAACUUUUGCCACAUACUGUGGUGGGUUUUUGGGGGGGGGGGCAGGGGGUUAUAAAUAUUCCCCAGUGUGUCGUUUUUCAAACAGUACUUUUUAUGGAACUCUUUAACUGUGAACUGGUGCACACACCCUAAUGGUGGUCAGAGCAUGGUAGAGGCAUCACCUCUGCAUCAUCAAAUUCUAUCUCAAAAGUAAUAAUUUUGUUUACAACCUGUUGAUCGUGCCAAACUCAUGCAUAAACAGAUACGUAACCAAACUUCUUGAUGUGUAGCCAGUCGCCCUUUCACAUGGAUCAGUGAAAUGUUUCCUGCAUUAAUCAGUAUUCUUAAAAUAAAAAUAUUUAUAACUGAA